UCACCCGGGCUCUGCAGUCGCAUGCAAGCAGGUGCGCGUAUUAUAUGGUUUUGAGUCCACAUCGCUCUUCGAAUUUCUUCCUCUCGCACCAGCGGUGGUGUCUGUGCUUCCUGUGUCCACGGCAGUUCGUAUCGUCGACCAGCACCAUCGGGAUGAAUCCUUCCACUGACCUCGAAUUUACAAACAACAAGUUCGAGGCUGCGAAAAAGUUACUAACAGUAACGAAGAGUGUUGAUAGCACAGCGCAGGCUGUCGACUCGAUCAUCGCGGAAUGCAUUUCGGUCGCUGAUUCGCAGGGAAUCGAGGCAUUCGACGUUUUCAACGAUUUCGUCGUCACUGAGCCGAAGUCCUAUUUUGAAAAUUGCGAAUUUAUCCAGGACGCGGAACCCGCCUUGGAAUGGAGCGACGAGAAAAAAAGCUACACAACCCUGGAAACGGUGACACAGACUGUCUCCAAUCAAGAUGCUAUUCCAAAAGUUUGUGCUGAACCUACAAAUAGUGCUUCUGCAAAAGAAUUUGACUGGUUGAUGAAUUUUAAAAUCGGAAAGCUGCUUGACCCUAUCAAGGACGAUUACGGGCCAAAUGAUGAAAACAAAAAUAUAUUCCAACUACUGAAGGCCAAAAACUCUGAGCCAACCAAGCCGGCUCCUCCGCCACCUCCUGUGGGACCAAAACCACCCUUCACAUACACAGAACUAAUUGAACAAGCCCUUGAGGAAAAGGGAGCCCUCACAGUCUCAGGGAUAUACAAAUGGAUUUCGCAACAUUUUCCAUACUAUCGCCCCAAUGAUGAUCGAUGGAAGAAUUCGGUGCGCCAUAACUUAUCUAUAAACCCGCACUUCACAAAGGGAGGCAAAGCGUCCAAAGGUGCAGGUCACCUUUGGACAGUGGUCGCUGAGGACGAACGCACAAGGAGCUCUUGGAAACGGCGGCGAUUGGAGCAAUAUGUGAAUGACAAGAGGCGCCGUGAAAUGACUAACACAUACGAGAAUGAAACCAAUCAGGCCGUGAGCCUGUUGGAGAACAGUUUGGACUACAAAGGCGAUCCUGAAUCGUCAAAAGAGGGGUGGGUUACAACGCACAUCAUUAGUCUUGAGCAAACAGCAGAGGAUAUUUUACUGGGAGUCCGGCGAGAGGUCGAAGUGGAAUUUUUGGCAGCUGUGCCUCAAGAGGAAGCAGAGGGCUCUUGUGGAUCUGCCGACUCGGAUUUCCUGAAUCCCAUCUCAAAACAAGAGGCAGUGCAAGAGAGCGGACUCUUGACUGAUGAAACUCAGCUAAAUGAUCUCAAUCUUGGACACUCUAACACUGAUGACUUUUUCUACGAUGAAGAAAUGGCCCUGCAAUACUACGAGUUGGCCCUUGCAAGCUCUACAUAAUCCAAAGAUUUGGCAAACGCAUGUAAAGCCCCUUGAUUGUACUCAAAAUCGCUUUUUGUAAAAAGUUAUUCUUCCAGUCAUCAGAAUUUGAAUGCAAAGGGGCUGUGAAAUUUGUAAAAAGUGCAAUUCGCCUGUACAGGUAAUGAAAACUCCACGCUGUUGAUGGUGGAUAAAUGCAGGACAAUUAACGCAAUAAUGAUUAGAUAGAACUGUGUAAAUAAUAUUCUAGUCUGCGUUGGUUGGAAUUCUAGGAAUCAUGUCAUUCUGCGACAUCUUCUCCAAAAUAGUUAAGACUUAUCAGACUUAUAUGCAAUUUGAACCCUUUGAUGCAUUUGUAGCGGUAAAAGUUGAAUGUUAACAACACCCGUGUAAUUAAUAGAUAUAAUAAUGCACAGGUUUGGUUUGAAUUGUGAUUGUGAUAAAUCGAGUCCAUGUAAUGUGCAGUGAUUACUUGUAAAACUCAUCAGUCAUUAGAUUUUAAGUUACAAAAUUAGGGUAAUUUUGUACCAUUGAAACAAACAAAUAAACUUGA